CAAUCACUUUAUUUCGAACAUUCGCGAACUUCACCUCUCUGGCGACACGGAGAAAAACUUCGCGUCUUGGUCUUCUUCUCUCUUCGGUCGCGUGCGCAACCUUCCCUUUGCCACAUUUCGGAGCUCUGCAGCUAUUUCUACCAACCAAAGCAUCGACACUUCUAUCCCGUAUAGACCGCCAAGUCGAGAUGCUGUUGUUCCGGGCAUUGGGAGCCCUUUUUGCGGCAACUUUGGUAGCAGCUCAGGGGCCCACUAUCUUCGUGGUGUUUCCAAAUCUAAUGAGGUUCGACUCGCUGGAGAAAGUGAUGAUAGACUACAGCGGCGGUGGCGCCCCAGUCCCCUGCAUUGUGUCCCUUCAGAACUAUCCUGACAGGGACAAGACGUUCUCAGUCAAGAACGUGAUGGUAGCGCCUGGUACCCAGACGCUGGCUUACGUGAUGACGAGGCUGACAGAUUUGGUACGAGGGUCCUUGUCGACCUUGAAUUACGUCUUCGUGAAGGUUCAAUGCAAUCCUCUCAACUUCAACAGGGAAGCUGUGGUCCUCCUGACUGGUACCAAGGGGUACCUCUUUCUUCAAACAGACAAGCCUAUCUACAAACCAAAGGAAGACGUGGCCAUCCGAGCAAUUUCACUCAACCCAGACUUGCUCCCGGCGAAUACAAACUUUACUAUGGAUAUCUUGAACCCUAACCAAACCAUCUUCAAGCGAUUCGAAGGCAAUGCGAUGAAAGGUUUCUUUUCCAAGAAGGUCAAGCUCCCAGAUGUUACCAUCCUUGGAAAUUGGAGCGUCAGGGCAUCGUACAAAAAUAAGUUCCAGCCCCAGGCAUUGACCUCAGGUGUGGCCUUCGAAGUUAAAGAAUAUGUUUUACCCACAUUUUCGGUUGGCAUCAAGACCCCAGAUUACAUCCUGCGUUCCGACAUAGAAGUUCAGGUCACUGUCAAAGCCAAUUAUGUUUACAAGGAAGAAGUUAAAGGACGAGUGACCAUAGUGUUCUCUUUGGUUAAAAAGGACGGUAGUAGUCAUACUAUUGCCAUAAAGACGCUCGGGGAUUUCGAUGGUGAAAAAACGGUGGCUCUAGACAAGGCUGAAUUUAGAGACAAGUGGUUCCCUGAUGUAGGAUCCCGGCUUGUUGUAGAAGCCACAGUGACCGAGGAGGCCUCCGGAAAGCAAGAGACAAACAGUGAUAGUUCGGCGAUGUUUGUGAACUCACCCUACGUGGUUUCAUUUGACAGGACGACCAAGUACUUUAAACCUGGUUUACCAUAUAACUUGAAGCUUUCCCUUAGGUAUGCCAGUGGUGAAGUCGCUGCACACGUUGAUAUGCAAGUCUCCGCGACAGCAAAACAGACAGGCCGCAAUGAUCGGGUGAAUGUCUUCCGGAACGAUGCCGAGAGCGAGAGGUUCAAAACCGAUGAGGAAGGCUGGAGGUUAAUUACGUUGGACGUCCCUACCAAUACGGAAGAUCUCCGGAUUAAGGUGGAAACUGAUGACCCAGACAUCGAGGCGACAGAGCAAGCAGAACGAGAAAUUACGCUGAAACCGCAGAGCACAUCACGAAAUAACUUUCUGUCCAUCCAGCUGAUUAAUAACCCCUCGAGAAUCCCGGUUGAUAGGAAGCUAAAAAUCCGUGUUGACUUCACCGAAAAUGUCAAUAAACAUGUCUCGUUUAUGGUCCUUGCAAGAGGUAAAGUAGUCAGCAUCCAUUCCAUGGCUGUUAAUGGUUUAUCCAAGCACGAAAACAUUGACAUUACCCCACAAAUGGCACCACGAGCAAGGCUCGUUGUCUACUACGUCAGCAGUGGCAACCCAGCUGAAGUGAUAGCUGAUUCCCUCGUGAUGGACGUUAGCAAAACAUGCGAAGAGGAGCUGGAGUUGAGUCAUGCUCUCGAUGAUGGUGAGGAUUACAGGCCUGGAGAAAACGUGCAGUUGACCAUCAAGUCCGCAGACGAUUCGUGGGUAUCAAUCUUAGGCGUGGACAAGGCUGUUUACUUACUGAGUGAAAGGGACAUUUUGAGUCGUGACAGGAUGUUUAAUACAAUUAUGGACCUGGAUCUUGGUUGUGGUCCAGGAAGUGGAAGAAACGUCGGCGAAGUGUUCAGGGAUGCAGGCUUGUACGUCCUCACCAACAAGGUUAAUGUAGCAACUCCCCGCCGUCUGUCCCCUGAAUGUAAGCAGAAGAUUAGGAAGCGCCGAGCAGUCGAACGAGUUCGAAGAGGAGUUAACAGUAAUGACCGCAUCAUUGCCGCCUUAAAUAGAUACAGCGGAGGAAACCGAGCCUGCUGUGAAGCGGGUUUCGAACAACAAGUCCAGGGAGACCAGAGAUCGUGCGUGGCGAUCGCGCAGGCAAAAGGUUACGUCCAUGCUGGUUGUAAAAAUGCAUUCCUCCAUUGCUGUCGGCUAGAAAAAAACGCAAACACGCCCAGGGGAAGAAGUGGGGCGGACGAUGAGGAAGAUAUUAACGAGAAUGACCUAGAUAUCGAGACACGAGAGGAUUUCCCCGAGACUUGGAUCAACGAAUUAUUUGAAAUGCGAGGCGACACAGACACGUUAGUGCGUGAAUUGCCCGACUCUAUUACCACCUGGGUGAUAUCCGGGGUUAGUGUGUCAGAAUCCGCUGGAAUGUGUGUCGCCAAGCCCAUCAACGUUACCGCCAAAAAGGAAUUCUUUGUCCAUGCUGACCUGCCUUAUGCUGCUGUCCGUGGAGAACAACUAGAGGUUAAAGCAACGGUGUAUAACUUCGGCAGAAACCGAAUAACCACCAAUGUUUGGAUGAAAGCCGACAGAUCUAAAUUGUGUUACGCUGGCAACAACAAUGGUAGGACUAAUAAGCAAAGGAUCGUUCUGGAGCCAAAGACGGGAAAGAAAGUUACAUUCCCGGUCGUCCCGCUACAGGUUGGAGAUAUUGACAUAUCCGUCACGGCCAUAACGCAAUUUUCUGGUGACGAGGUCGUUAGGAAGCUGAAAUCUGAGGCGGAAGGAGUGACGCGAUACGCAUCGUUCUCGACCCGACUCGACCCAGAGGGUAAAAUGGGCGGAUCAGGCAGUGGCGAUGGUUCAGCCAAAGUUGCGAUUGAUAUACCUAAUAAGCGCCAAACGAUAGAGAUCCCUCUCAAAUUUCCGGCUGAUGCCAUUCCUGGAACCAAGAUCUGCAGUGUUUCGAUAUCAGGUUCUCUUCUUGGCCCUAUGGUACCCUCACAAGACCUGAAUAUGGCAAGCAAGAUCAGACAGCCCACGGGUUGUGGGGAACAGACCAUGAUAUAUAUGGGUCCGUUAGUCUACACCACAAGAUACAUGCUCAGAACAAACACACUCACAGGGCAACUUGAACAAACUGCGUAUAAACACAUUUUGUCCGGAUUCCGAAGGGAGCUGACCUACAAACACCCUGAUGGUUCCUAUGCUGCUUGGCAAAAGAGAUCCAGUAGCGCAUGGUUAACUGCAUUUGUGGCAAAAGUGUUUUGUCAGGCCAGUCAGUUCCCCAAUGUCGGCAAGGAAGUGGCACCUCAUGCUGUUGCAGCUAUCAAAUGGCUAUUAGCAAAUGCACAACGAGCGGAUGGCAGCUUCUAUGACCCCCAGCGAGUAAUUCACGCGGACAUGUUCGGUCAGAACCUGAAGAAUCCGGUCACAUUUACAGCGUUUGUGGUGGAAUCCAUCUCCAAAUGUGGCGCUGUGGAUGGUAUUGAUAUCACAUCAGGUAACAUAGCCAUAAAACUCCGUAGUGCUGUGGACUUCCUAGUGCGAAACCGGAACUCCCAGAAUAAACCUUACGAACAAGCCAUCCUGACCUACGCACUAGCUCUACAGAACAAUCCACAUCGUCAUGCUGCUAACCUGAAACUUAGAGGAAUGUCUAACAUGGACCCAGUGACUGGUAUGAGAUACUGGAACCCUGACGGCACAGUCAUUCCCGAGAACACCACACCAGCAUGGUACAAAGUCAAGCCCUCAGCAAGCGCCAUUGAGACAGCUUCAUACGCCCUUCUUGCGCAGUUGGUGAUAGGUGGCGGCGCAGAGGACUAUUUCCAAUAUUCGGGCCCCAUUGCUUCUUGGUUGAUUCGCCAGAGAACAAAAACUGGAGCUUUUGUCUCAACCACGGAUACUGUCAUUGGGCUGGAGGCACUGAGUGACUAUGCCCUGAGCGCGGACUCCAGGUGUGACCUUAACAUGGCAGUACGAGUGAUCUUAGGAAAGGACAAGAACCAGAAUUUCCAACUAAGAAAGGCCAAUGCUUAUAACCCCUACACAAUAACUGAGGACCUCCCUAUUGAUGGAAAACUCUUCAUGGAGGCUACUGGCACCGGUAUUGGACAAGUACAAGUGGAGUGUCAAUUUAACUCGCCAGAAAGAAAGGGAGAGGUUUGUACCUUUAACUUGAAUGUGACCAGCGAGGAAGGCGAAGCACCGGUGGAGGAGUUGAAUAAUGAAAUUGCGCAAGUGCAAGUUGACAGAAAAGCAGGAAUUCAACGUGGCGACGUUGGUGCAGCAGUGAAAAAGUUUGUUAAUGAAAUCAAUAUCGAAUUCAGCUAUAUCGGUACAGGGCCGAAAGUUGGGAUGUCUAUAUUGGAUGUAACACUAUUUAGUGGAUUCAGUCCUGUGCUAAUUGAUCUAAUAGACCUGGUUAGAAAAGGUAAAAUCGAUCGAUACGAAGUAGCAUCAUCCACUGUUUUGAUGUAUAUUGGAGAAGUGAAGAAAGGGGUGCCAACUACGGUGACCUUCCGUGCCACGCAAGACCAAAUCGUCAAGGAUGUGCAGCCUGCAGCCGUCAAACUUUAUGACUACUAUGAGCCAGACCAACACUACUGUACCAAGUUCUACCAUCCCAAGCAGAAUAGUCCACUCCUGGCCACAAUAUGUGACAAGAAUGACGAAGGACGGAAGGUGUGCCAGUGUGCGGCCUCCGCAUGUACUGACUUCUGGGGUUUCAAGCUGCCAGGAAAGGGACGACCCCACCUAAAGACAAAGGUAGAACUCGAGAAUGAUGCCUGCAACAUCUAUGAGUAUGCCGUCAAGAUCAAUGCUGGGCCAACUGAGAUCAGCGGAGUUCUGUCCAAAAUGGAAGCAACUGUCGAACUCAACAUUAAAGCCGGGACCAUCGUGUAUUCAAACAAUGACAAAAUAGAGUUUGUCUGGAACGAGAAAUGUGAGAAUCCCUCAUUCACGGCCGGAACGUCAUAUCUUGUGAUGGGAAAAGAUGGUGCUGAAUAUGUGGAUCAAAAUGGAAGGGGAGCAAUGCGAUAUGUGUUGGAUUCGACAAGUCACGUAGUCAAAUGGUACGGAGCACAGGACAAACCAAGAUAUAAUCGGGCAUUGAACACGUUCGCCAACAAGCUCAUUCAAGAAGGCUGUGGACAGUAGCCAUUGGAUUUGGAAGACUUUGACAAACGGAUCAGGCCAAAUGUUUCCGCCAAAUGUUGACAAUAUGUGUAUUCAAUCAUGUGCCCUGAUUAUCUAUUAUAUACAUAAUGGACUUGGGAAAACUUAUUAAUAAGAAAAAUAUAUUGAAAGUGAGUGUGCGAGGCGAGGGAUAUUCCCAUGAUAUUCCUGAAAUGUUGCGCAGAAUCUUAGAUCUUAUUGUUAGUACCAAUGCCAAUUUGUUAACUUUAAAGGUAUGUACUAAGGCUGGUGUUACCUGUGCCAUGGCCAAAUCAUGUUAUUCACUAUCGAAACACUAAUGAUUGCUGUUCCCGGUUUUUUCUUUCCAAAAAGAAGCAAGUUUCAUAAGUGCAGGACAGGUGUGAAGUUAAACAUUGACUAUUUCGUGCUAGAGGGAGAGAGAGAGAGAGAGAGAGCCUAGGCUGUCUCUGACAAGUAUUAUGUCGCCCAACCCGAAUGCUUCAUUUGUACAUUUAUACCAGUAAUAAAAUUGAUAAUUAGUCAAGAGUGACGAAUUCAAUACAA